GUUUUUAUUUCCUCUCAGUCACUGGCAGUCAUUUUGAUAUAUACAUGUACACUCCGUGGGUUAUUAUGCUUGUCCUCUGUCUGUAUGGAGUUUCCUGUUUGUGGCGGUUCCUGCCGAGAGCACAAGCACAUUUUACGUUAAGUGUAUAAGAUACACUGGACCAGCGUCCCAUCCUGACCCAUGUCUCAUGCUACGUGCUUCCCGGGCCAGGCUGCAGACGGACCGUAAAGCGGACGAGCCGAUUACGGAGAGAUAUAACGCAUGUAGGUACAUUACUGUACAUCGUGUGGAGCCUGAUGUAGCGAUGGGGGAGGAGAUGUCCGCCUUCCUUACGUUUGGUUGGUUUCCCUAAAACCAGAGGAAUACAAAGCCUUACGGGACGCGCAAAUAUUCGCUUCAUUGUUGAUUCAAUGUUUAGUGGAAGAGAUCGAGUGUCGCUCGUCUUUGAUCGUAACUAAUUCGCUAGUUCGCUUAAUCGCGGAAACACUUUAAAAGUUUUAGCCAGAACUGCUUUCUCUAGCUGAUUAAAUAACUAUGACUGUUAAUAUAUUAAAGGGCACAAUGGGAGGAUCGAAGUGUGACUAUUCACUGUUAGAUUUGGUAUUUUCGGUCACUGGAUUCUGCACUUUUUUAAUCGACGUGGGAACCGAUUUUUGGGUCGCCAGUGAGUUCUUUUCGCAUGGAAAUUUCAUUUGGUUCGGGGUGUGGAUCUUUUUUAUGGUUUCCUCAUCUGUCGUGGUCCAGACGUUUAGCUGGCUGUGGUAUAAAUACGACCGAAAACUGGAUGGUUUCGAAGCAAAAACAUCGGAAGAAAAUGUGGUUUUUGGCACUGAAAGAUUUCUACGACUUUCUAGUGUUCUACACAUCUUUCAACUUGGAUUUCUCUUCAGGUACAUCUCUACAGUCUGGCAGGGUGUUCGUUUGUGGUGUAUUGGGGGGCUGAGCUCAGACUUUGUGGUCUACAUGGACCAUGAUAUCAGCAUGCUGCGACUCAUUAAGACGUUCUGCGAAGGCACCCCACAGCUCACACUAAUGAUUUACAUCCUGCUGCACAACGGCCAUGUUGGGACCUUCCAGUAUAUCAGUCCUGCAGUCUCCAUGAUUUCCAUUGCGUGGAUGGUGGUAAGCUACCACCGUGCCAUGCGUUCAUUUCUGCCUGACAAAGCCAAUCAAGGAUGGGGUUCCUCCGUUGUCUACUUCCUUUGGAAUCUGUUGCUGAUUGGUCAGCGUAUAUGCAGCGUGGCCCUGUUUGUCAGCGUUUUGCCCUACUGCCUCCUGUAUCACUUCUUGCUGCUAUGGCCACCAUUGAUCCUCUGGGCCCAUCUGCAAAAGACGGCUUUCAUGGACAGCACUUUUGGAGAGUGGCUGUACCGGACCAUUGUGGGCUUGGUCUGGUACUUCAGCUGGUUCAAUGUAGUUGAAGGGAAUACAAAGGGCAGGGCUGUUAUCUACCAUGCCUUUAUGGUCACAGAUAGUGCCAUCUUGUUAACCACAUGGUGGUGCUACAGGGAUUCAGAGAAGACGCAGCACUACGCGAUAUGGUUAGUCUCCAUACUAGUUCUUGUUUACAUAUUGGGCAUCUUGGUGAAGAUUCUGUAUUACCGCUGCUUCCAUCCCACACUCUCAUCGCCCCCUGCUGGUAUGGAUAGGGAAGACAUGAUGGAUGGCAAGACCUUGUGGCAGAACCGAAGAAUGGCCUGCCAGUUUAGUCAUUUUUAUGCUACUGAACAUUCAUUACUGCUGACCAGGAAUGUUAGCAGAGCUGCCAGUCUUUGACAGAAGGCUAUUUCAAACCCCCAAUAAUAGAAAAAUUGUGUUAUGGUAAAACUUAUUUGGAGCACAGGAGAAAUAGUAGCAUAAUAAUAUCAUUAUAUCACAAUAACAUAAUAUCAUUAUCUGAAAUAACAUUAUAGGUGAAAUGCUGCUACUUGCCAUUCAAAACUUUUGAAAUGUGUAUUUAUGAAAGAAUGUAUUUAAAGCAUAUUUGUAUCGAGUUGUUUUAUGUAAAAUGAGAUUUUCAUUAUUUCCUACUGAUGUAUUUUAUUAAUGUAUAUAUUUUUAUAUAUAGUGGGAUAGUAUAGUAAUAGAAAGUUGCACAAAUGAAAGAAUGAGUUUUAGGUUAAAGAAAGCCAUGAGUAUUUUUAGUAAAGUAAUUACCAGCAGCACAAUGCCAUUUGGUUCAAAAUACAUUUUUGCUCUAUUUAUGUUAAUGCAUAAGCACUACAAUAUUUUGUCAGUAUCAGGACUGAUGAAUUGUCUAUAAAACCUGGCAUAUAAUUGCGUUACCUGUAAAAGUAGUGUCAUUGAUUGUUAAUACUCAGUUAUUACUCACUUUCUUAGUGAAUGUUGGGUCUGAACUACAGUUUACAGUAUUAAGAUGGGGCCCCAAUGUACAGUCAACCAUUCCACAUUGCAGGGGUUAGGGGCGCAGGUCCACCAUGAUCUGGAAACAUCACAUACAUUUUUUGUAAGUGAGCAUGCGAGUGGCACAAAAAGGUAUGAGAAAUGCAAGAUUCAAAGAUCACUGCGCGAUAUCACAUGAGAGGCUGCCAUAAACACACUUGGUGUCCUCCAAACCAGCGCUGUCCGUAUAUUUAAUAUAUUUAUGAGUUGCUAAACUUUUUUGUUUGUCAUCUGCUGGCCUUUGCAUGUCAUCUGUGACUCUUGCAAAGCUCCCAAAAACUCCUAAAAAUUUCCAUUUAUUUUCUUGUGCCGAAACCACGAUGGGGAAAGUCACGAUGCGGAAGCUGACUUACAUAUAGUCAUUCCCAUUUUGCACUGUACCAGCCAAUCAGUGCCACCCAGGGUGUACCCCAACAUUGUGCCCUGUGCCAUCUGGGAAAAGAAGCUAAGCACCCAGAAGUAAUGGUCUGAUUUGGAUGUAAUUUGGUACACGUGCAGACCAGUGAUGUAAAUAUCAUAUGGCUCCCCACACCAUGAUGCCAGGAGUAACACCGGCGUGUCUCUCCACAACAUCGGCAAGAUUGGUCACCCGUAAAUGAUUCUGGUUGCAAGGAGCUGGUGCAUCUAAUCACCAGACACAGAGGAUGCCUCGUAGACACAAUAAACCUCAUUACUAGCAAUUGACAGAGUUUGAUUGGGGCCGCAUUGUGGGUUUGCAUGAGGCCAGACGAUCAUAUUGUGCAAUUGCCCGGCAUGUGGGGCAUGCAGAUGGCGUAGUUGCCCGAUGUUGGAACCAAUGGGCACGUGAGGGCACCC